UGCGUAUAUAACACGCGUAUUCGGGUGUGUAUCUCACUUGUUAUCCCCCACAAAUCACAUACAUAUCCUUCUCUCAAUUGUACCUUUUCAUUUAUCUAUCGAUCCAGUUUGCAAAGGACAAAGAAGAAUAUUUGCUUUUUUGUUCGUUGCCUCCAAUCCUAGUACUCAAUUUUCAUGUCUGAAAUCGACCUCCAGAUUCCAACUGCCUUCGACCCAUUCGCUGAGGCAAAUGCUGAGGACUCGAGUGCCGGGUCAAAAGAAUACGUUCAUAUACGUAUACAACAGCGUAAUGGUAGGAAAAGCCUGACAACUGUCCAAGGGUUGAAAAAAGAGUUCAGCUACAAUAAGAUACUCAAGGACCUUAAAAAGGAAUUUUGCUGCAAUGGUACUGUUGUUCAAGAUCCAGAGCUUGGUCAAGUCAUCCAACUUCAAGGCGAUCAGCGAAAAAACGUCUCUACCUUCCUUGUUCAGGCUGGCAUUGUGAAGAAAGACCGCAUUAAGAUUCAUGGUUUUUAAAUGGUGGUUGCAAUAGCUGUGAACCGAUUCUGUUAUCCUUGAAACUUUUCUGUAUUUCAGCGACACUUUUCUUUCCAUUGAUUGUUUUUCUUUUCGUUUUUGCCUUAUAAUUGUCGUUUGUUUGUCUUGUUGAACUCUAUGCUUGUUCUUCAAAAACCUUGUAGAACCUUUGAGGAUUGUGAUCUCAUGGUGGUUAUUCAUAAUAUAUCUGUGUUCUUCAA